AUGCUCAAUGCCAGGAAUGAAACCGAGAAGAACACAAUGAGUGGUGUUCGGACGACUCGACAAAGAGAGCAUACUCGAUCCGGACUUGGGAACUUAGCUGAUGCUCUACUACGGCCCAGCACAACACGAGGGCUGUUAGAAUCAACCAUGGCACCCUCGAUGCCCAAUGGAAAGCUCGAUGAUUUCAUCCAAUUCGCCGUGGAGCGAAUGAUCGGAGGUCAGGCUGUCAAAGAUCGGGAAAUUUCCUUGCUCACCACCGAAUACCUGGCCCAGCCCUCGGCGCAUUUGGCAAUUCUAGAUGAGACCGUCAUCGCCGUCAAUGAUGCAGAAAGGCACUACUACCACCAGCUACAGACCGCCGAAGAUGGAAGCGACUACAUUCGGAGAAAUCCAGACCGGACUAUCGUUCAGAGAGCCAACCGGUUAGACAAAGUGCACGGUGCCGCGUUGCUGUUGGUGGAAACAUGCCAUAUUGCCUUUGAAGCCCUCGGACGUGCCUCACGGGCUCAUCAGGCCCAUUUGGACAGAACUACCAGGUCACCGAUUUUGAUAGCUCUGGGUAGAUGGUUAACGGAGUACAACACAAGGCUGCAGGAUGCUGUUCAAAGCAAGUACGAGGUGAAAGACGAGUUUGACGAUGCUGUGCGAGUGUGUCCGGGCAGGAAGGUGCCUUGGCCUAUGAGUAAAUUGCACCCGCAAGUUAGAGAUCAGAUCCAACGAGUGGCCAUCGAAGAGGUGAAGAAGAUCCCAGCAUUCGAGCCACUACCCUCCGUGUUUGACGACACGAUCAAGUGGGCGCCAGUUCAUCAUUUCCAAGGCGGUAUGAGCAAAGCUACACUCAUGGUUGGCGUGGACUCUACCACUCGAAUGAUCAAGAUGAGGAUGGUGCGGAAAGAUACAUUGCAGUCUGAUCGACAAUGGGGCAAUGUCAAAUUCUGGAGAGGAGACCUGCGGAACGGUCAUAACAUGCUGCCAACCGAGUAUGUGUCGCAUCGUCUGGUUGGAGGAGCGCCAGGAUCACGCUUCGUCCCAAAAAUCUUGGCUGAUGUUGAGCUCAACCCUCAUCAGCUUAGCUACCACAUGAUGAUGGAGUUUGCUGCCAAUGGAGAUUUGUGGGAUGUCUUUGAUGCGCACAGGAAGGCGAGAAUUGCGGUGCCGGAGCUGUUUCUAUGGUUGGUGUUCCAGGCUCUGAUAGAGGCUGCCGUGGUCAUGAAGCGAGGGAACUCGGAUCAAGAUGUCGCAUCGAGAGCGGACUGGAUGGAGAUUGUGCACUGCGACCUCAAACCGCGCAACGUCUUCUUGGAUCUACCGCAUGAGGAGCACUUUAAGCUGUAUCCACGACCCAAACUUGGCGACUUUGGCUGCGCUUUCCUCACCACCCCGAAAGACACUGUGAACCCGCUACUCUGGUGCCACGGCGGAGGUACACGCGGCUUCCUCGCCCCCGAGCAAGACGCUCAUGCCGACGGAGUCACCGGAAAACUCGUCGACGACUUUCCCCUCAUAUCACAUACCAACGUCUGGGGCAUCUGA